AUGAGUUCCACUAUUAUUGAAAAUAAAGAGAAUUUAUUAAAAGGCAUUGGAAAAAAAGAAACAUUAAGAGCCUUUUUAGAGAUGAUAAUGAAUGAGAGUAAAUAUUCGAGUUUUAAAGUUGUAGUAAAAGAUAAUAGAGAAUUUUUGGGUUCUAUAAAAUAUUUGGAUAAACAUAAUUUAUUUCUUAUCAAUUGUGAGGAACAUUAUAAAGGUUCCCCUACACAUGGUAACCAAUCUUAUAUAAGAGAUUCCAGUGAUGUUUUAAUUCCGUUAAAUUUAAUAAAAUCAAUUGAAAUCGAAAAAAAAUUUUUUAAUAAUUGUUAUGAAGAAUUUACAAAAAAUAUAACAUAA